AUGAAUCUAUGCCGUAAAGCCACUGUGCUCUGCCACCCUGUCACCAUGAAGAGCAAGUAUUCCCAGUACUACAACUGGAGUCUGAUCCGUUCCUACUAUGCUCAUGCCAAGAAUAUGACCACCCAGGAAAUGAAUGAACACAUUGAGAGUAAAAAACAGCUUACCACUCUCCAUAUAGUCAUUGUGAUCCUCUGCACCUUCAUUGUGUUAGAGAAUCUUUUGGUCCUGGUGGCUGUGUGCCGGAACAAAAAGUUCCACUCGGCCAUGUUUUUCUUCAUUGGCAACCUGGCGUUCUCUGACUUGCUAGCAGGCUCUGCCUACAUCGCCAAUAUAUUCCUAUCAGGCUCAAGGACCUUUAAACUUGCACCUGUGCAGUGGUUCAUCAGGGAAGGCACAGCAUUCAUCGCUCUGGCUGCUUCGGUCUUCAGCUUGUUGGCGAUAGCGAUAGAACGCUACAUUGCCAUCACCAAGGUCAAGGUGUACGGCUCCACUAAAACAUGUCGCAUGUUUCUCCUGAUAGGAGCUUGUUGGGUCACCUCCAUCCUGCUUGGAGGACUUCCUAUUAUAGGCUGGAACUGCAUCAACAACCUCCCGGAGUGCUCAGCCGUUUUGCCACUCUACUCUAAGAAAUACAUUCUCUUUGUUGUUUCUAUUUUCAGCCUCAUACUGCUCUCUAUAGUUAUCCUCUAUGUGAGGAUUUAUUUGAUUGUGCGCUCAAGUCACCAGGAAGCUACCAACUCACAAGCAUACUUCCUUUUGAAAACAGUCACCAUAGUGCUGGGGGUCUUCAUCAUGUGCUGGCUGCCUGCUUUCACCAUCUUACUGUUGGAUUCAUCCUGCAAUAUACAACUCUGCCCCAUUCUCUCCAAAGCAGACAUCUUUUUUAGCAUCGCCACUCUUAACUCAGCGCUUAACCCGGUGAUCUACACGCUGCGCAGCAAGGACAUGAGAAAGGAGUUCCUGCGUGUGCUUUGCUGUUGGGGGGUGCUGCAAAGUGGGCGGCCCUCUGAGCGCUGUCUGGUCCCUCUGAAAAGCUCCAGCUCUCUGGAACACUGCACCAACAAACACGAACACCAGACCACACCCAUCAUGCAAGACUGUACCACGUGUGUCUGA